CAGACAUGCUGCCCCGCAAAAGAAAGCUUAGCAACUCUGGUAUCCUCUCGAACUCUUACAUUCCUCCAUUAAGUGCAGCACAGAUUGAAAGAGAAUUACAGAAACUUCCCCCAGAUUCGUUGUACAGUUUGACACAUGUUUGGCUUUCUAUUCCAGCAACAAAACCUUUACCAGAUGCAAACCAAAAGAAACAAGGGUACACUAAAGACUCUUUAUCGAGAGAGCUGCUGAAGAAACUUGAGUUGCUCAAAAACAUCAAAGUGAAAAUAAAUAUGAAAAAGAAGUUGGUGAACACUAUUUUGGUGGAAUUUUAUCCAAGAGGGUUGAACACUUUACAACUAGCGCAGAUCGACGUCCAGCUUCUUGUUGAUAAGCCAAGUGUGAAUUCAUGGGUUUCAUCCACGGCGAAAAUUGUCAGUUCAACUUCAGAUAUACCGGAGGAGGGCGAUAAGAUGCGAGAAAAAAAGUUAAAUCAGCUUUCUAAUUACACCAUUUCAUUGGAUUCACAACUAUUUUUGGACAACUUUGUGCUCAAUUUGUCAAACUUGUUUCUCACUCACGUUUACAUAUCGCGCCACCCGCACUAUCCUUUGAUACUGAUAAGAGUACAGAUGUACAACUACUCUUACCGUCGUCCGGAUGACUCCACAUCAAGCACCAUAAUCUCAGAUUUGACCAACAGCUCUUUGGAUCGAACGGCUAAGCUUAAGUUUGAACAGGACUUUCAAAGGAUUGUGAGCAACAAAACGGACUCAAAGCGGGGAAAGGCAGCCACCAAUGGGGUCCAGAGGCAAAUUCAAAUCCAAAACAAGCCACAAAUUACACCUCAUAAACCAUUUUAUAUUCUACUCCCUAUUUCGUCCCCUCAUGUCAUCCACACACCACCAGUGGGAGAUUCAGUUGGUACUAAAUUGAUUCUACAGACCCUAGAAACGACAUUAUCUUAUACAAAUGUGCAAAGAGAAGCACAGAAAGGCAAUAUAGGGUUGAACUCAUCAAUUCUGACAAAAACCAAAAUCAAGAUUUUCCCAGACUCCGAUGUGCCCACUCCGAUACGGAAUCUAGACGCUAUCUUUACGUUGAAAGGAAUCUCCAGGUUCGGAUCGUCGAUGGGCCCGUGGAUACCGUACGCGGAUGACUUAGUAGACAUGGGUGUGUUAGGGAAUGAGUUGAGACACCAGAUUUUGCAACCAGAACAGUUUGUUGAUUUGAGUCCUGGUGCAGAAUCCGAUCCUGAACACGCAGAGAGAGAGAAAGUUGCAGCCUUGAAAUUCAAAGGAUGCAUGCGGAAAACCAAAUCAAAGGAGUUAUCUAAUGCCAAGAAUAAGGAAAACUACGAGCAUGAUACCCAGGGGGAGUAUGAUAUACCAAAUAAUGACCAGGUUGAUGAUGGGGCACGAGAAGCGGUUAAUGACAUUUAUGCUUCAAUCGUUCCGAUCCACGAGUGUAACUUUGAAAUAGAAGAUACUCUGUCACAAUUUUUCAGCCAGCGGAAGAGAAAGGGCACUACGCAGAGGAAGCCCAAACGUGAUCCAGCGGCAAGAGAGCCACCCUUUCGCUUCAAGAUGAGUUUUUUCGGCUCUGAUGUGUUUGGAGGGUUGCACGAGCUUGCGGUGAACGAAUACGUUAACCCGUACGAAACUCCCGAUUGGCUUACCGGAGAGUCCGGGACCCUCGGUGGGGUAGUGAAAAACGGCAGGUUUAGAAAGAAAACAUGAUACUUCUAUGUAUAACGUCUUGUAUAAUAAUUCUAUAGAGCAAAUGUACAACAUAACUGGGGAAGCACUGCU